UCCCACUAAAAUUUCCACCAAAACUGAAAUCAUCAUUGUAAUAAAGCAAAAAUUUUACCAAAAGUUUGCAAUUUUUUGCAAAAUGAGCUAAAUUUUUAGUCCGUACAGUAAAAUUUUUAUCUUGUAUUUCCUAGAGAACGAGAACUCGUUGUAAAAAUCAAGCAAGCAAAAUUGACAAGUCUAAACUUGAUUCAAAUUCCAAAUUGGGCAAAGGUUUUUCUUCUUUUUCCACACAAAAGAAAACAUAAUUGGAUCCUCGCAUUGUCCGUUGUAGUUAGUUAAUUAAUAAUUAAAUAAAGUUGUGAUCCAUUCUAUCUUCUUCGUCUCCUCAUCCUCCUCCAAGCUAUGAUGCCGCCCCGAGCAGGCGCCAACAAUGGGUCACGACACUUUGACCUGGACCAGAUUUGGGAUGACUUACGUCAAGGGAUCGAACAGGUUUAUGCGAGAAGGGGGAUGUCCAAACCGAGAUAUAUGGAGCUCUAUACACAUGUCUACAACUACUGCACGUCUGUCCACCAACAAGGCGGCGCAGGUCCGGGGGGAAACACAAGGGCAGCAGCGAAUCGACCCACUCGCGCCAGACCGACCGGGACGGGCGCCUCGAAUCACAACAGCGGCGCACAGUUCGUCGGCCAAGAGUUGUAUAAAAGGCUUAAAGAGUUUUUGAACGAUUAUUUAAACCAAUUGACAAAGACCGGCGGCGACAUGAUGGGCGAACAAGUUCUUCAGUUUUACACGAAACAGUGGGAAGAGUACCGUUUCAGUUCCAAAGUUCUCAACGGUGUUUGCGCUUACCUUAAUCGACAUUGGGUUCGUCGCGAGUGUGACGAAGGGAGAACGAAUGUCUACGAGAUUUACCAGUUGACCUUGGUGACCUGGAAGGAGACUUUGUUUGAAAAGCUGCACCAACAAGUCACCAACGCGGUUCUGGCGCUGAUUGAGCGUGAAAGGAAUGGCGAAACGAUCAACACUACCCUCAUCUCUGGAGUCAUUGGUUCUUAUGUUGAACUCGGAAUUGAAGAGGAGGAUACCACGUUGAACGGUUCAUUGAUGUCGUCAACGACCACCACUCCGACUGCUCCUCCAGCCCCGUCGCGGACAGGACCACAUUUAGGAACGUAUAAAAACCAUUUUGAAAAUCAAUUUCUCGCUGCCACGCAAAACUUUUAUGCAAAAGAGUCCGUCGAAUUUAUCGGACAAAAUCCAGUCACUGAGUAUAUGAAGAAGGCUGAGCAACGUUUGACAGAGGAGCACAACCGUGUAGAAAAAUACCUUCAUGAUAGCACGUUAAACACGUUGAUGAAGGCUUGCGAAACGGUCUUGAUCCAAAAUCAACUUGACACCCUGCACACCGAGUUUCAAAAUCUUCUCCAGCACGAGAAGAAGGACGACUUGGGAAGAAUGUACCAACUCGUGGCACGCCUCGAAGACGCCCUCGGCGACAUGAAGAACUUUCUCGAAGCUCACAUUUGCACCCAGGGUCUCAACGCGCUGGACGAACUGGGAGAGUCUGCGCAAUCCGACCCUAAGACCUAUGUGACCACGAUACUCGAAGUCCAUAAGAACUAUCACGCCCUUGUUCUCACCGCCUUUAAAAACGACUCUGGUUUCGUCGCCGCGCUCGACAAAGCGUGUGGAAAAUUCAUUAACAACAACGCGAUAACCAAGGCCGUCCAAUCCACCCAAAAGUCACCCGAACUCCUCGCCCGCUAUUGUGACCUCUUGCUUAAGAAGACCAACAAAAACCCUGAGGAUCAGGAAAUGGAGGACACGCUAAAUCAAGUGAUGGUCGUGUUCAAAUACCUCGAGGACAAGGACGUUUUUCAGAAAUUUUACAGCAAGAUGCUAGCCAAUCGAUUGGUGUCGCACAUGUCAGCGUCCGACGAGGCGGAGUCGUCCAUGAUUGGGAAGCUGAAACACGCCUGUGGCUUCGAGUACACGUCCAAACUGCAGCGAAUGUAUCAAGAUAUCGGCCUCUCGAAAGACCUCAAUGAUGAGUUCAAACAGUGGAUGACGACGAAUGAGGCGACCGCAGCAGCAGCAGGCACCGCGACCCCGUCUUCCACAAGUAGUAGUAGUCCGAGCAAUCUAGAUUUUCAAAUUCAAGUCUUGUCCUCGGGAUCCUGGCCGUUUACGCAGUGUGUCGAAUUCGCGCUACCUUCAGAGUUGGAACAGAGCGUUAACAAAUUUAACGAAUUUUACAAUGGUAAACACUCUGGCCGGAAGCUGUCCUGGCUCUAUAACCGAUCGAAAGGGGACAUAACGACGAACUGUUUCAAGAACAAGUACAUCUUCCAAGCCUCCACUUUUCAAAUGGCCGUCCUCCUCAUGUUCAACUCGAACGACUCGUACCGCGUGUCCGAGCUGGCGGACGCGACCCGCCUCAAGAUGGACAUUCUCGUCCAGGUGCUCCAGAUUCUGCUCAAGGUCAAGCUCCUUCUCCUCCCGGCGGGCGAGAGUGAAGAUGACCUCACAGAAGGCAGCGUCGUCUCCCUCUUCAAGGAGUACAAGAACAAGAAGCUCCGCGUCAAUAUUAACGUUCCCCUCAAAGCGGAAAUCAAACAGGAGCAAGAACAGACACACCAGGUGAUUGAGGAAGAUCGCAAACUCCUCAUACAGGCCGCAAUCGUUCGCAUUAUGAAGAUGAGAAAGGUUCAUAAACAUCAGCAACUCGUCGCAGAAGUUCUCACCCAACUCUCGGCGAGAUUCAACCCGCGUGUACCGAUGAUCAAGAAAUGCAUUGACAUCCUAAUCGAGAAGGAGUACCUUGAACGUUCCGCAACCGACAGGGAUUCCUAUUCGUACCUGGCCUAGCAGCUCGUGCGCCUCCGCGGACCACAGCCUCCACCACCACCAACGACUCCUCCUUCUCUCGAAAUCCAACCUCUCCCUGCAUCGCAUGAUUGAUUAUUAUUCAACUAACCAAGAAGAAAAAAACUACUAUGUAUCCUCUUGUUGUCCGUGAGUGGAAGAAGAAAAAAUAUCAUCACGAACCCCAAAAUUCACCCGUUUUAUAAAAAAAAUAAUUUGCAAUUAAUCUGCCGGCUCGAGAGGAAAGUGGACGUGGAUGAUUAAUAAUGAUUAAACCUUAUUUAAUAAUAAUCAAUUUAUUACUACAAAGUUGUACCCUGUCCUCUCCUCCUCCUCUCUCUCUAAAUCUAAUUAUGUAUUAAUUAAGGAUAUUUACUUAGUAGAUAAGAUUUGCGUAAAUAAGACUCGACUUAACGACAUGCAUGAGAAGCAAAA